AUGUCGUUGCAUAAAUCGGACUCGAACCAGUUGCUGGUCAGUCUGGUAGUGGAGCACGCGAAACGGGCGACACCACCUCCCGAGGAGAGUGGAAUUCUCUUCGACGAGAAGGGUUCGCAAAUAAGCGAGCACCAUGCUGCACCCGCAUUGGAAGGAAGCUCUGCAACGUGGCCUUUUGUGCCCGCAAGGCCUAGAGAAGUUUCGUCGGGAAGCGAUAAUGCUUGUGAAAACGGCCGCGCUCUCAGAAGAUUGCACCGGACGCCUUCACCGGAAGUAACUGGCUCUGGUUCACCGACUAGUCACGCCAACGUAGUCGGAACCUGUUUCGUCACCGGGUUUGUGGUGGAAAAAGACGACUCUGGAACGGACGUAACCGGAUGCGGAGAGUCACGUGCGUCCGAGAAAACAUCAGGUCGUCCUUUUCGUCGUGAGGUUACAGCUGCAGACUCCAGGCUGAACCUGAGCGGGGAGCACUUGGCCUGUGUGUCGCUUGAGCAGCUUCGCUCUCUACCUUCGCUAGCCGCGCUGAAUGAAAUAUCUCUUGCAUCGAAUAGUUUACGAAGUGUCGACUUGCGUCCACUUGCUUCCUGCCGCUCGCUGCAGGUCCUGUUACUGAACGAUAACUUACUGGAACGCAUUGACUUGACGCCAUUGGCAAGUUGCUCGCAGCUUGAACGACUCUGGCUGCAUAGGAACAAGCUGAAACAUAUCGAUCUGAGUCCGCUGGCCAUAAGCGGAAGUGCGUUGAGGUCGCUGUACCUCAGCCGCAACGAACUGCAGGAGAUCAGUCUUGCUCCUCUUGAAAAGUGCUCGAAGCUUCGCGCUUUGCAGUUAGAGGGCAACCCAAACCUCAAAGAAAUAGACGUCACCCCACUGUUUGCGUGUAGAGAGUUGAGCAGUUUCGAAGCCCCCCCUCAGGCUCGGCUUAUAGUUCGUGAACUGGCCGCACUGGAAGUGCAGCGCCGCAGUUAUCAACAAGAUUGCAACUCACUGGCCAAUGUAGAGUCCAGUGAGAGCGCUCGCACCGCUGCGAUCAUGCCGAGCAAACUUGUGUUACCAAAGGUAUUCCGCCGCAGAGGUAUUGUCUUACACUGGAUCAGAGAGGCAUUGCCUGACGCGAACUUGAGGGAUUUAACUGGGCAACGAUCUUUGAAAGAGAACAGUGUGAAUGCGGAGCUGCAGGAUGCCGAACGCGGCGAGGGAAUUCAGACGAACGCUUCUAUGAAUAUAAUUGCACCUGCAUCCGAGGAAGCACUCUCGUCCGUGGCCGAGUUGCAAACGGGCCCCACGGCAUCGAGGAACUUGGAGUCAGUGCAAGAGGACAAAACGCCUCUUUGCGCUCUGAUUGUCGGGAUGACCACGCAUCGCCGAAUAUCAACUUGUCGGUUACUUGAGCAGUCGGGGACGUUGAGGGUCCUCCAAUCUCCUUCAGCCGCAGCUGCACUGGAUGCUUACAUCAGCGCACCAGACGGGAUUGACUUGAUUCUGAUGGAACCUGCUGAAUAUGAGGUCUUUUCCGAACAAGCGCAGGCAGCCUCCAUUGAGAUCAGCGUGCCGGUGGUGGCGGUUGGUCCUCCGGAGUUUGAACGCUCUGGCGUUUUUCGGCGGUGUAUUGCCAUAGGUGCAAGGGGUUUCAUAUCUUUUCCGUUGGAUAAUCGUGAUGCACAGGCCUUGACGGAGGUUGCCCGCAGCUUUCGCGCAUCUCGCCAAACUUCUGCUUCGCAGGUUUUGAAGGAAUCCAGUGUAUCCGAGUUGCUUUUGCCUACACAAGAGGUUCGAGCGGAUUCGACAAGUGUUAGCCGCGAUCUCUCGCCGAUGAGCAUGACGAACGGAAGCGAUGCAUCCAAGUAUGGGGCAGGUAUAGAGCCUGACUCCAAAUGGGUCCCGUCCUGGUGGCAAAACUCCGAUUCCAUUCGCAAGGAAGGAAACUCCAGUCCGGCAGCCGUUUCCGACCGGAUGGACACGUUUCUUUCGAAAUCGGAAGGUGUCGAGGAUAUAGCAGAGGAGUCUUCUACGUACCGUUUUAUCCAGCGCGCUGGAAUUGGACACCUCCGCUCGGGGAGUCCUAUAUGCCGCAGUGGUUCCGAGAGCUCGCAAUUUGCUUGUGAAAGAGCUGAAUGGGCCAGAGUUGAGGCUAUUUUCGCGCAUCGAGAUAAGCGACCGAGUCGAGAGCCUUGCUUCCAACUGCAGUUCAUGCAACAUUGCUCGAAUCCUGCCACGCUUUUGAUACCGACCGAUGGUUACCAUUCUGCUGGCCUGGAGAGAUUUGCUGAUAUCGCAGCAGUCUGUCGACUACCAAAAACCAGUGCUACUGUGCUGUUUCUACGUGUGCUUUCCCACCAGGAUAAGCUCGCUAACAGCGGUACAAGCUCGAUAUCCAAUGCUUUAACGCGAUCAGCGAGCGAGUCGGUGUCUUCGAAUUGCUGGUUGCGAAACAUCCAUGUAGAUGCCUUUUAUCACUUUUACCGUUGCAAGCUCGCACCGAUCCGAUCACCGCUUGAGCGCUUCUAUAAUGUAAUUGCAUCUUCAUGGCCUGGAAGUGACAUACACGAUUCAUCUUCGUCCCUGUAUGCGGAAGGAAAAAUACGCAGACUGAAAGAAUCCAGGGCAAGGUACGUUUCGAGAUACACAAUAACCCUUUUGAUUCAGGAGCUGGUUUAUCGGAAGCUUUGUGUCGGGAGAAACGCUUCUGGCGUUGCAGUCCCGUAUCAUGCAGCGAAAGCAAAUCAGGGACAGAUGAGAUCUGCCCGGUAUUCGUAUCAGGGGAAGAGCUUUCUGUCUUCGUCAAUCAAUCAGAGCGGAAGCGCAUCAGCGAUGGAGUCCGCACACUUCUCCAGCAAGAACGGAGAAGCUGCGAGGAAUGCUUUCCUUGCCUUUCGGGAUGAGGUUUGUGAGGUUCUCCUUACCGCCUCCGUCGCAAGUGCAUGUGUCUGGUUUCAUCUAGGUGGCGGAAAUCGAAACUAUGUUCCGCUAUCGAUUCUGCGAAAGGUGCGCUUUGCUGAGGCAAUCUUCGCGGCUGAACGCGGCAUCAUUGUGGAUAGUUUGAUGGAAAUGCUUACCGGGAAUGGCAUCGCGCUGGUUGCCCAGAAGGAGCUCGAGACCGUCUGGAACUAUAACGCACGCACUGGGACUGCAACAUCGGAGCAACUAGCGUCGCGAGAUGCUCCGAGCUUUGAAUGCUCGAUUCCUUCUGUCUCUGGAUUGUCUUCCUCGUUCCCAGAACAGCAAAGCGACGGCGCUGUCACGCAGGCGCCUUCAGGGGCUACCGAGUCCAGGGAGCAGAUAGCGGGUGCAAUACGUUCUUCAUUUCUUCCGGACACAUUUGAGUUUUCGAAAUGGUGCAGAAAAUUCUGUAUUUCGCGAGAGGCUGCCGUAUCCUACUUCCUGGAUCGGGGUUCGCUCGUUCCCAAGGCAGUAGAGCAAGUGUUGAAUCGUUUCCGUGGAUUAUCGCUCGUACAGAAACCCGCGUCCAGUGAGCACAGCGCUGCAACGCCUCAGCUCCAGGACGAGAAGACGGUUCCCGAGGAUCAGAAUCUGGCACCGUUCAGCAAGUUAGGAAACGCUUCCGUAGGUGACUCUCUCAGUCCGUCGGCUUUCGUGCACCUCUUCCUGGCGUUGUGUGAUCCUGGCAACGAGAAAGCACUGCACAUCUUUUUUGAUAUUAUGGAUCUCGACAUGGAUGGGUUUAUCUCAGCGGCAGAUGUUGCGUACUUUUAUCGAGAAAAAUGCGAGAUCGCGUUUCGAGAGGGCCUAGUGCUCGCGUCUGCAAAUAAUCUAUGGGCGCAGUUGGUAGAUAUGUGCAGAACGUCGGCAAAUGAUCCCAAACUUGAAUCCAAGGGCAUUACACUGAAAAUGCUUCGGGAUAUCGGAGAGAGGCGUCGCUCCAGUUUCAUUCGCAAUGUGCUUUUCAAGGACGAUGGCAUGGCACUGGUAGAUAUUCAACAGACUUUGCGGUUGGAAAACAGUCUCGCGCUCCUGAGCCAACCGUAG